AUGUGGCGGCUACUCCCGUCCCUGAUUGCGAGCGUAGCUAUCGGACAGAACAUAGUCGCAGCAUAUGAGGUUUUCGACCACGGAAGCCAAAAAGUAUUGAUCCCGGAGACGCCGAGAACAUCGUCGGGUGGCUUGGACUUUGAAGCCAUCGCUGCUGGUAAUAGGCAGGAUGCACAAAGCCCGGCGUCGUGCGCAACUUGCGAGGGCAUCCUACUACAACUGAAACUCGUUGCCUGGAAAGGCGAUGAUUUCUUCAUCAACGUCGCGACGAAGCUGUGUAAACUCUCAGGCGUCGAAGACGACGACGUCUGCGAAGGCUCCAUAGCCCUCGAGGGCCCCAUCAUCGCCAACGGGCUGCGCCACAUGUCCCUGGGCUCCCGCACGUCGCAGCUGGCGUGCGUCGCGUUCAUGGGCCUCUGCCCGUACCCCGAGGUGACGGCGUACAACGUCACGUUCCCGUCGCCGAAGCCGGAACCAGUAAGGCCGGCCCCGAGUGAUGGCCUGGAGCCGCUGUAUGUGGUGCACUUCUCCGAUAUACAUGUCGACCCUCUGUAUGUCGUGGGUGCGACGGCGAAUUGCUCGAAGCCGAUUUGUUGCCGCGAAUACACCACCCCCUCUCCCCCCGCCGAAACCCCCAUUGUCUCCCCCGCCCGCUUCUACGGCGAGCACACGUGCGACACGCCCGUCAGCCUCGAAGAGAGCAUGUACGCCGCCAUCAACUCCCUCGUUCCCUCCUCUUUCGCCAUCUUCACGGGCGACAUCGUCGACCACGCGGUCUGGGCCACGACGACGGCGCAGAACAAGUUCGACAUCGAGGACGCGUACGCGCGCAUGGCGCGCGCGGGGCUGCAUGUGUACGGCACGGCGGGGAACCAUGAGGCGUCGCCCGCGAACUCGUUUCCGCCUACUGCGCCGGAGGGGGGGAAGAAAGGGGAUGGCGGUGAUGUAAGCGACGAGAACAGCGCACAGUGGCUCUACGACGUGCUCUCGUCGACCUGGACGCAGUGGAUCGGCGCGGCCGCCGCGGCGACAACGCGGGAGUUUGGUGCGUACUCCGUGCGGCACGAAUUCCCCACCAGCAACGACACGAGCAAAACCGGCACCCUGCGCAUCAUCUCGCUCAGCACGAACCUGUACUACGCGCACAACUACUGGCUGUACGAGGAGCCGAUGCAGACGGACCCGAGCGGGCAGCUAGCGUGGCUGGUUGAGGAGCUGGAUGCUGCGGAGCGUGCGGGAGAAAGGGUUUAUAUUAUCGGGCAUAUGGCGCUGGGGAGUCGGGAUGCGUUCCAUGACGGCUCGAAUUACUUCGAUCAGAUUGUGGUGCGAUAUGAGGGGGUUAUUGCGGGGAUGUUUUUCGGCCACACGCACUUCGACGAGUUCGAGCUCUCGUACUCCGACUACUCCUCCCGUUCUCACCGCACCGCCCUCGCAACAUCGUACAUCGCGCCCUCGCUCGUGCCCACCUCGGGACACCCCGCCUUCCGCGUCUACACCGUUGACCCCGUAACCUUCGGCGUGCUCGACGCCACCACCUACAUCGCCAACAUGAGCGACCCCGCCUCCUUCCGCGGCCCCGGGGGCCCGAAGUGGACCAAGUAUUACUCUGCGAAGGAGGUUUACGGGCCGCUAGUCGCCAACCUAGAAAAAGAAGAAGAAGGAGGAGGAGGUGUGUGGGACGAGAAGCAGGAGCUCACCCCCGCGUUCUGGCACCGCGUCACCGACGCGCUCGAGCGCAACGUCACGGCGUUCAACGAGUACUUCGCGCGGCGACGCCGGGGCUGGGCCCACCCCAGCAGCAAGGAGAGGUGCGACGACGACCAGUGCCGCGGCGCGGAGAUCUGCAAGCUGCGCGCGGCGCGGGCGCAGGACAACUGCAUACCGCCGGGGCUGCGGCUGGACUUUGUGGAGGAGAGUAGGAGGAAGAAAGGGGGAAAGGAGGAGAAUUGUGGAGGGUCGGUUUUGAGGGAUGUGUUGGGGGUGUUGGCGAGAGAUGCGGAUAUGCUGGCACUGUUUGAGGAUGUGGUUGUGCUGGAUGGGGGGUUGCCGGGGUAUAAGGAUGUGUAG